AUGGGGGGUACAGAGAGGAUGGGUGGUAUGGAGCUCCCUUUGUCUGUGGCUGUGGAGAGCUUCCAGCUGCCUCUUGUGUUUUAUCUUUUCUUUCUUAGUCACAUAGAAAAAAUUACAACCUGGCAAGAUCCUCGGAAAGCCAUGAACCAACCUCUGAGCCACAUGAACCACCACCCUGCUGCCACACCAGUGCCACAGAGGCCUAUGGCCAUGUCUCAGCCAAAUCUCGCUAACCAGCCUGAUGUCCUUGUCCCCACAGCCCUGGGCCCGCAGCAGGUGCCCCCCGGCGCGGCGCUGCGGGGCCUGCCCGGCGCGCUCACCGCGCAGCAGCAGCAGCAGCAGAAGCUGAGGCUGCAGAGGAUCCAGAUGGAGAGGGAGCGAAUUAGGAUGCGUCAGGAGGAGCUGCUGCGACAGGAGGCUGCUCUGUGCAGACAACUUCCCAUGGAGUCAGACAGCCUGGCCCCAGUGCAGGCAGGUGUGAGCACACCAGCCAUGGCACCAGACAUGAGGCCGAUCACAAAUAAUGGAUCCGACCCGUUCUUGAACAGUGGGCCCUACCAUUCCAGGGAGCAGAGCACGGACAGUGGCCUGGGGUUAGGAUGCUACAGCAUACCAACAACUCCUGAGGAUUUCCUCGGCAACGUAGAUGAGAUGGAUACAGGAGAAACUAUAGCACAGACAACAAUGAACAUAAAUCCACAGCAAACACGUUUCCCAGAUUUCCUCGACUGUCUUCCAGGCACAAAUGUUGAUCUUGGGACUCUAGAGUCAGAAGACCUGAUCCCUAUUCUCAACGACGUGGAGUCAGUACUCAACAGAAAUGAGCCCUUCCUGACCUGGCUGUGA